AAGAGACAUCUCAUCCCAAAAAUGUGACGUGUCAAUCAAGCAGUGGCUAAUAUUGAUUACACAGUCCACGUCAGCUUACUAGAAACAGCUCCAUGCUUGUCCUCACGCUUCUUUUCCACUUCUUUCUUCAAAGUUUGAUGAUACGGAGAGGACAAUUCUUGGUGUAGACGGCGAGAGAGAGAUAAGAGCCAUGGAAGCUUUGAAAACCGCUAGCUUCAGCCCUAUGUCAGUUUUAUCCGAGAAAAGAUCAGAACCACGACGCCCCUUCUCGCUGCCUAGCCUCUUUCCGCCGAAAACACCUAAACCAAUCUCCCAAGAAAGCUUCUUAAGGAGCUUCAACGGAGGAUUGGCUCUUCUAACCUCUGUCCUAAGCAGUGCCGCAGCUCCUGCAAAGUCCCUGACCUACGAGGAAGCUCUGCAACAAUCUGUGACCUCUCCUUCAUCUUUUGAUUCAGACGGUUUGAUCGAAGGGAUAUCAAGUUUCGUCACUGACAAUCCUCUGGUGAUCGCCGGUGGAGUUGCUGCAUUUGCCGUCCCUUUUGUUCUCUCUCAGGUUCUGAGCAAGAAGCCCAAAUCUUUUGGAGUUGAGUCUGCUAAGAAUGCUUAUACCAAGUUGGGCACUGAUGAAAAUGCUCAGUUGCUUGACAUAAGAACCUCUGCUGAUUCCAGACAAGUGGGCACUCCUAAUGUCAAAGGUCUAGGUAAAAAGACGGUCUCGGUUGUCUAUAACGGAGAAGACAAGGAUGGUUUCUUGAAGAAGCUUUCCUUGAAGUUUAAAGAUCCUGAGAACACCACAUUGUUCAUUCUUGACAAGUUUGAUGGAAACUCCGAGCUUGUUGCUGAACUGGUGACCCUUAAUGGAUUCAAAACUGCUUACGCUAUCAAAGAUGGUGCAGAGGGACCUAGAGGCUGGUUGAAUAGCGGUUUGCCUUGGAUAGAGCCAAAGAAGACUCUCAGUCUUGAUUUGAGCAGUUUGACUGAUAGUAUCAGCGGUGUAUUUGGGGAGAGUGCUGAUGGUGUCUCUGUUGCAAUUGGAGUAGCUGCUGCUGCUGGAUUAAGUGCUUUAGCAUUUACAGAGAUUGAAACCAUACUGCAACUACUAGGCUCAGCUGCACUUGUUCAGCUUGCAGGCAAGAAACUUCUAUUUGCUGAGGACCGAAAGCAAACUCUAAAACAAGUGGAUGAGUUCUUGAACACAAAGAUUGCACCUAAAGAACUUGUUGAUGAAUUAAAGGACAUAGGAAAGGCUCUUCUUCCUCCAUCAACAAGCAACAAAGCUCUUCCCGCACCUGCAGCAGUAGCAGAAGCGCCUACAACCACGGUCGAGAAACCAGAACCUGAGCCAGUAAUCAAAGCCGCCACUUCACAGGUAAACUCAGAGCCAGCCGUCACUGCACAAGCAAUCUCGGAGCCAACGGCUGAAGCGGCCACUGCACAAGUUAUCACAGAACCAACCAAGACAGAAGACAAACCAAAAUCUUAUUCAAGACCACUCUCACCAUAUGCAGCGUACCCUGACUUGAAGCCUCCAACAUCUCCUACACCAUCGCAGCCCUGAAGAGCCCGUAAUAAAGCAGCCUUUCCUCCUUCAAACAUAUGAGCAAAUAUCUAUCGUCGAAUCUUUGUGAACUUCUUUUUAUCUUUGAGGACUUAGAUGCUACCUUCUUUCGAAUCUGGGUUAACUGUAAUGUACUCGGUUGUCCCUUUUAUACCGCCAUUAAGAGUUGCUAUGUUUAAAUAA